AUGGAUGAUGAGAAGGAUGUUCAACCGUAUGGGCUGUGGGAAGGUUGCUGCGUGGACGUUCUCGUCAAGCCCGAAGCCGGGAAGCUUCAGGUGCACGUCAAAGGAUUAGAGGACCUGAUCUUCCUCAAAUUCGACAAAUCAAACACCGUCAACUUCUUGAAGGAGGGAAUUCACGAGCGAAUCGGAGUGCCGGCUAACAGGCUUCUUCUUCUGCAUCAGAAUAGGAAACUUUCGGAUCCAGUGCUCACUCUGGGCGAGUAUGGCGACUCCGAUCAAUCUCGGAUGGAUGUCCUGAUCAAGCCGGCUAAGCCUUUAUCUCCGAAAAGACAUAGCACCGUGAAUAUAAUAGUGGAACAAGCAAGGACUAAUAAGGAGGUGUAUGUCGAAGUGAAAUCCACCGACACAGUUAGUGGUUUGAAGGAGAAGCUUCAAGCUCUGGGAAUUCCGGCCGACGAACACUUCCUUGUUCACAACCAAAGUCCCAUGUCCGACAAGAAGACACUUGAAUGGCAUGGAGUCGAAGAAGGGCACGUGUUAACCAUCUUCCAAGGUUAA